AUGGUCUGGGAGGACAACCUUGACUACGUCCAGUCCCACAACUUGGAAGCUGACCGUGGUAUGCACACAUUCUGGCUCGGUAUGAACGAGUACGCUGAUAUGGGUAUUGAAGAGUUCAAAGCCCUUAUGAAUGGAUUCAACACCUCCUCUAGCGUCUCAAAAUGCGGUAAAUAUAUGGCACCCAACAAUAUUGAAAUAUCUGAUCUCCCGGAUAUGGUUGAUUGGAGGAAGGAAGGCUAUGUCACACCUAUCAAGAACCAGGGACAGUGCGGCUCUUGCUGGUCUUUCUCAGCAACAGGAAGUCUGGAGGGUCAGCAUUUCCGGAAGACACAAAACCUUGUCUCCCUUUCAGAAAAGAACCUCAUGGACUGCUCUGCGGCUUACGGUAACCACGGCUGCCAAGGAGGUUUGAUGGACCAGGCUUUCGCGUACGUCAUCAGUAACAAAGGAAUCGACACAGAGAUGUCCUACCCGUAUGAACCAAAGAAUGGUCCAUGCAAAUUCGAGCAGUCAAACGUUGGAGCCACUGAGGUUAGCUGCAUGGAUAUUGAACAUGAGAGUGAGUCGAACCUUCAGAAAGCCGUUGCUAUGGAGGGACCAAUCUCUGUUGCUAUUGAUGCCGGACAUAGGUCAUUCCAGCUGUACAAGUAUGUGGACGGUUUUAAUAUGCAGUUUUAA